AACUAUUAAAAAUGUCUCUGCUUCUAGGAGGAGCUCACAGGAUUUUUCCUGGAGAAAAUGUCAGUUUUAACCAUGGAAGCCCAGUGUGUUGAUGUCAGAGGGAGCUUUUUUAAGCUGAUUGACACAAUUGCAUCAGAAAUCGGAGAACUGAAACAAGAAAUGGUCCAGACAGAACUGGUGCUAGAAGAUGGAUCCACCGGUAUACAAAGCCUGGAGAAAGACAUGAGCGAUCUGUGUCCGGAUCAAAAAAGUUUAAAAAGCUUCCUGCGGGAUUCUGGAUACGACAGCCUCCCCAAUAAGCUCAGCAUACUCGACAAACUUCUUCAUACGCAUCCAGUUUGGUUGCAGCUGGGCUUGAGCGACACUGAAGCAGUGGAAGUGUUGCAGACCCAGCCUCCAGGAACCUUCCUUGUUAGGAAGUCCUCAAGAAUGCAGAAAAAGGUCUUAUCUCUACGUUUGCCAACAGCUGAGUUUGGUUCGUGUCUCAAGGAAUUUGCAAUAAAAGAGAGCACAUAUACUUUUUCCUUGGAAGGAUCCGGAAUAAGUUUUGCUGAUUUGUUCAGGCUCAUUGCUUUCUACUGUAUUAGCAGGGACGUCUUGCCGUUCACUUUGAAGCUUCCCUGCGCAAUCGCUGCAGCGACGACAGAGGCUGAGCUGGAAGAGGUGGCCCAGCAGGGACUGGGUUUUUGGAGCUCUCCGGCUAAUGACAGACUGCAAAACCCGUCGCCCCUCCAGCAGCCCUUUCCUCCUGACUGCAUUUCCAGAGGCUCUCAGCAGCUCUGCCUCAUAAAUGGAGUUCAUUCUAUAAGGACCAGGACGCCUUCAGAGCUGGAAUGCAGCCAGACCAAUGGAGCCUUGUGCUUUAUUAAUCCUCUCUUCUUGAAAGUACACAGCCAAGAUGUCAGUGGAAAUCUGAAAAGGCCCUAUCUGAGAACGCAAGAGGGGAAUGGCUCGGAGAGGUCUCGGUCCCCUCCACCCAGGCCUCCCCCACCUUCUAUUCAUAGCCUCCUCACGAGCCCUCAGCUGUCCAGGACUGUAAACCAGGCGAGCUUGCCAGAAAGCAAUGCUCACAACAAACACUGGAACUUGGAUCUGCUGCAGAGGAGGCCGACCCCUAUUCCACCACCUCGUCUGAAGAAGAAGGCACUCUCUUUAGAAGCAGAGAACGGGGCAAACAGUGGGUUGGAAGGAGCUCAGCCAAGCUGUCUCACAGUACACGGGCCAGAAACUGCGAGCGUUCCAGGUGGAGCUCUGCCUCAGCAUAAUUUAGCAGGCAGCCGAAAGAGCUUGGUUGCAGGUUCUGAGUCACAAGUUCAGUGCAAUGGAGGGAGGCAGCGACUGAGCGACAUGAGUCUUUCCACCUCCUCCUCUGACUCGCUAGAGUUUGACCGGAGUAUGCCGCUCUUCACCUACGAUGGGGACACCAACAGCAGCUUGGAAGAGUACGAAGGGGAGAGCGACCAGGAGAGCAUGGCACCUCCCUUGAAACCCAAGAAGAAAAGGAGCAGUUCCUUUGUGCUCCCCAAAAUUGUGAAGUCCCAGCUGCGGAAAGUGAGCAGCGUUUUCAGCUCCUUCAUGACCCCAGAAAAGAGGAUGAUCAAGAGGAUAGCGGAGAUGUCUCGAGACAAGCGCACCUAUUUUGGGUGUCUGGUGCAGGACUACGUGAGCUUUUUGCAAGAGAACAAAGAAUGCCACGUUUCCAGCACAGACAUGCUGCAGACAAUCCGGCAGUUUAUGACUCAAGUCAAAAGCUACUUGUCCCAGAGCUCUGAGUUGGACCCUCCCAUCGAAUCCCUGAUUCCAGAAGACCAAAUAGAUGUGGUGCUGGAGAAGGCCAUGCACAAGAGCAUCUUGAAGCCCCUCAAAGGCCACAUUGAGGCCAUGCUGAAAGAGUUCCACAUGGCUGACGGCUCUUGGAAGCAGCUGAAAGAGAACCUUCAGUUGGUCCGGCAGAGGAAUCCCCAAGAGCUGGGAGUAUUCGUCCCCACACCAGACUUUGUGGAUGUUGAGAAAAUUAAAGUCAAGUUCAUGACCAUGCAGAAAAUGUACUCGCCGGAGAAGAAAGUGAUGCUGUUACUGAGAGUCUGCAAACUAAUAACUGUGAUGGAGAACAAUUCAGGGAGAAUGUACGGAGCGGAUGACUUCUUGCCGGUGCUGACCUAUGUUGUGGCCCAGUGCGACAUGCUGGAGUUGGAUGCUGAAAUAGAGUACAUGAUGGAGCUGCUUGACCCGUCCUUGCUGCAUGGAGAAGGGGGAUACUACUUGACAAGUGCUUACGGAGCCCUUUCUUUAAUUAAGAACUUCCAAGAAGAACAAGCAGCCCGACUGUUGUGUUCAGAAGCCCGAAAUACCCUCCGGCAGUGGCACAAGCGGAGGACAACAAACAGAACAAUCCCGUCUGUUGAUGACUUUCAGAACUAUCUUCGAGUUGCAUUCCAGGAAGUUAGCAGCGGCUGCACAGGGAAAACGUUGCUCGUGAGACCAUAUAUUACGACAGAAGAUGUGUGCCGGCUCUGUGCCGAGAAGUUCAGAGUGGACAAUCCCGACGACUACAGCCUCUUUCUUUUCAUUGAUGACACCUGGCAGCAACUGACAGAGGACACCUACCCACAAAAGAUCAAAGCUGAACUGCACAGUCGGCCACAGCCCCAAGUCUUCCAUUUUGUCUAUAAGCGCAUCAACAGCGACCCAUAUGGGGCUGUUUUUCAGAACGACAACAGCAACCAUGUGUCAUAAAGCUGGUGACUUUUUUUUUUGUUAAGUGGCUGGAGACAUCUUUUUGCUUCACAACUAAGUUCUUGUCAGUGAAGACGUCUGCAGGACUCUAAAUAGAAGCAACUCUCUGUGACUGUAAACGACAUGGGUAAAGCAGGCAGACCGAUGGCUCUAGUAAAUAGAAGUAAACAGAAGCCACUCUCCAUGAUUGUAAACAGCAUACAUAAAGCAGGCAGACUGGUGGCGCCACAGUGCACGAUGCACAGAGCUCCACUUCCUACAUCACAGACCUUUUCAAAUAUCCUGCACUAAGUCUGUUUGCAGGUCUGUACUGCGUUUUAUUCUCAUCCUCAGCCCAAGCACAAUUUUUCAAUUAAAUGUAUUGAUAGGCCAGACCUUUUGUUACGCUAACUGGUUUGCCUUGAGUUUCAGCACUGUACAUACGAGGACUGUCCGAUGCAGGGCAUCUGUGAACUCUCUAUGGAUAGUCGUGGCCUUCUCUAAAAUAGUUUUUUUUUUUAAGUAUUAUUUUCCUGGAGGCGACUUGUCUUUAUGUAUUUCGCAUAAAUUUUAUCGCAGUUGCCGGUAAACUGUCACGGUUCUUAAAAUAUUUUUUAAACUAUGAAAAUCUAUAAUUAUGCAUGUGAUUUUUUUUUUUUUAAAAACAUUUAAUAUACAAAAUAAAUCUCUUUGCUGGUUUUAGAGUAUUGCGUUGAAAAUUUCGGGGGGUGGGGGGUUUUUUUGUGCCUCUCUCUACCCACUUCCUGGGUUUAUAAAAAUAUCAAACUUGCGUUUUGAAGUGCUGAUUUUGCAAAAGCCGUUUGGCUUUCGGAUGUCAGCUGUCUGAGGCCUUCGGCAAGCCCAACGUGCAAUGUUUAAUGGGCUGUGGUAGUUUAUCAAUUGUAAUCCUGGAUGAACGGUUAGUGGGAGAGGUGAGGUCUGUGAAAGAAAUUAUGUCAUAUAGGGAGGGGGCACAAAGAGCCCAUUUUAGGAUUAAGAUGUAUUGCAGCUAUGCUCACAGUCACAGCUCUGAGGUGGUAGAAAAUGCCAUCAAAUCAUAGCCGACUCACGGUGACCCCACAGGGUUUCCAAGGCAAGAGAUGUCCAGAGGUGUUUUGCCAUCGCCUGUCUCUGCGAAGCCACCUGGAGCUUCCUCAGCGUUUCCCCAUCCGAAUACUAACCAGGAUUGACCCUGCUUAGCUUCUGAGAUCUGACUCCCCUGGGCCAUACACCUCAGGGCAGAGACAGAGGUGGUUUGCCAUGGCCUGUCUCUGUGCAGCAGCCCUGGGCUUCCUUGGUGGUCUCCCAUCUCAGUCCUAACCAGGGCCAAUCCUGCUCCGCUUCUGAGAUCUGCCAAGAUCAUGCUGGCUUGAACCAUCCAGGUCGGGGUCAAAGUGAUGUGGCUGCUCCUUAAUAUGCACGAACAAUCCUUGUACACAGAAUCAGGGUCGAAGGAUGCAAAGAGCUUAGAGGGCUUACCCCUCCGGCUGUAUGCUUGUGUGUAAUGCUGAUGCUUCUUCCUCUUGGACAUUUUUGAGGAGAGAAACCGGGUGGCAAUUUUUCAGUUUAAGGGUACUGUCUUGAAGGUACACCCUAGUCUGCUGGUUCAGGCUUCUCGCAGAACACGGAUGAAGGAGGUCAUGAAGGAAUUUUAAUGUUUGUUAAAUCCUAGGUAUGCAAAUUGAUUUGACAUGUGUUAUCUUAAACAGCGGAAAAUAAAUUUGUGUAUUCAUAAAGCAAGCAACAUGAGAUGCGUUUGGUGGUGGCUUAAAAAAAAAGCGAUGGCUGUUUUGUGAGGCACUGGAAUAUUAAUUGUAAAUUUGUUCUCAUCUAAAGACACAAGAAAACCAAAGGCUUAAGCUUCAGACCUAUGUGCCCUUUCCUAGGGACAGAGCCCACUGCAUUCAGCGAGGCUGACUUCCCGAUAAAUAAGCAUAGGAGGAAAACGCAAUAGGAAACUGUGCAGUUUAGACAGUGCACUUGAUGCAAGAGAACUUUCAGAUGAGAGCCUCCUGAAUUCUGGCCUCUUCGGAAUGCCUUAUAUAUGGUGAUCACUUAGGACCCCAGGUGUGACGUCAAGUGAGGUUUUCUUAAAAACUCAUUCUAUUCAUCCCACCCUCUAGUGCGGGGAUCCCCAACAUGGUGUCUGUGGGCACCUGCUGACACCUUUCCUAACACCUGCAAAGUGGCUUUAGAAAAUGGAUGAGGUCAGGUGGGGCUUUUGAUUGGCCACUGCAGACCUGAUUGGCUUUGCAGGUUUUCGCUGUGUGACUGAAGGGAAGCUGUGUAUAUGUAAGACACUACUUUAAAAUAUCUUCAUUUUAAAAGGCAUCCUGUUAGGCAGAGCUUCUACCUGAAAUAUUGAGCUUUGCUCCCUGACCUUUUGGAGUUGGCUCCACCAUCGUUGGCAGCCAUUUUGUGGCUGCACCCACCAACCUAUGUCAGAAUUCCAAAGGUGUCCACAGGCUUGAGAAAGGUAGGGGACCUCCAGCUCUAGUGUAUAAUUGUGGCAGUCAGCUUGUGCCUAGGAGAAAGAGGAGAAAAUGCAAAAACUUAGCUGGAGUGGGAGGAAUUCUGCUUGUCCGUAGUAUAUCACUGACCCGCUUGAUAAUUGGCCAGUCUGAUUGGUUGAAUAGUACUGCCUUAUUAAAAACUACAAUCAGAUUCACAAACAGCACCAGAAAAUCCAGGUAAUCUUUAAAAAUCCUGGCUCUUAAAUCCUUUGUUGAGACACAGAAUUUUUAAGAACCCUGUCAACCUGGACAGUUCUAUUGUUUUCCAAACCGUAUAAACAGUCUUGUAUGCUGAAUUUUUGGAGGGCUGCACCUUAAUACACUAACAUUACAAGAAGAUGACUCUGGAAGCAAAUUCUGUAUGUAAAGAUAUGUAUGUGUUAUGUUGAUUUGCCACACAUCUGCCAUUGUUUAUGUUGUAUUACAUUUUGUAAAGGAUAAAGAGGUAGUUUUGUAC